AUGCCAUCAGGUUCCGAGAGCGUAGAUUUGUUGAAUCUUGCGCGCGCAUGGAUCACAGUGGCGUCAAAUACUCAACCUGAACAAGACGAUUGCGUGUUUUGGAAGCGUGUUGAAUCUGCGUAUGCAACAAAUGUACCUCCAACAAAUCAAUGCUGGACUAUAGACAUGCUACAAAAGCAAUGGAAAGCAAUGCGUCCCGCAAUGGUAGCAUUCGUCACUCUUUUUAGUCAAAGAUACAAAAAAUUAGAGACUUUAGGUGAUAAUGUGCGUCAGGCGUUCGAGUGGGCAAUCAAGACUUUUCGUGCUGCUACAAAGAAGGACUUUGAGUUUGUGUCAGUAGCAUGGCUACUAGUCAACCAAACGACAUGGUGGAUGGUCUUGAAGCCUCGGCUUAUGCACCAAUUCGCCUCGAUGCAUGAAGAAGACGAGACACAAGAGCAACAAGAGAAGCAACAAGCGUCUAUAGAAGUUUCUCAGUGUACAACGCGGUCAAGCAGCGCUGACGAUAGAGACCAAAGUCGAAAAAGGCACAUUAAACAGAGAGGAGAGUUCAAGAAUUGUCACUCGCUGCCGUCAGCAGAGGAUUUUCAUCGGAUGGUCGAUGAACAAAAGUCUAAAGAUAUGGCACAAGUGAUGGAGCGACGUCUAGAGUUAGACAUCAUGACGCAGAGCGAAGUUGGCUUGUCACCUGAGGCAAAGGAGUAUCUUGUCUUGCAGCGCCAAUUAAUCUUGCAACGUCUCAAGAAGAAGAUCAAGCAUUAG